UUUAUCUUCAAAAAGUUAUUGAGUUUAGUCCCCAAAACAAGACUGCAAGUGUUGAGAAAAAACUGACUGGACUUUGGAUCAGUUGGCACAGACAACAAAACGCAUGGAGAAAAAAUAGAAUUUUGUUUUCAGGAAGGGCCACAUCAUGGAGAGUCGAAGACGUCUGUUUUUUGUACCGAUCAUUUUUACGUUCGUAACUCUGUCAGCGGCGGUACAGAAUCCUGUACCAAUAUUCAUUUCGGAAGCAGAUACGUUUCUAGAGACGGAACACGAAGAAGAAAAAGCGAGUUCAGUGUUCGAAUGCGUGAAGCGAUGUCUAUCUUUCAACUGCAAGUCCAUUAAUUACAAAAAAUCGAGGGAAGGAAAGAAUUGCUUUUUGAACAAAUUGAAUCAAAGGGAGGCGGGCGAGGCGGCCGUAAAGAUCAACAAGGAGUUUGUGCAUUACGAUUUGAGUUAUCAUAUUCAACGAAGUGAGGAAACUGAGUUUGGAACCACAAACGUGCCCACUGUUCCUCCAGUGAUACAGAGUCCUUGUCGCUUUCAACCCUGUGAAAAUGGCGGGACAUGUAUAGAGAUAGCCAGUAAUAGGACUUUCAAAUGUCAGUGCGCUGAAAACUUCUAUGGCAAGAAAUGUAAACAAAAAGUGACAUAUUGUGACGCUAAUCCUUGUAAAAACGGUGGAACGUGCAUAGAAGUACCCAGUACAAAAACCUACAAAUGCAACUGUACGAAUACAUUCACAGGCAAAAACUGUUCAGAAUCAACAGCCGUCGCGCAGAGUACGGACGCAUCCCCAACUGUUGCAAGUCUUGAUAGAGGCAAUGGAGAACCUCAAAAUGAAAAUGACUAUAACUUUGAGCUUAUAUUCAGAAAAACUCAACAUACGAGCUAU